CCUCUGUCCCCGGACACUUCUCUCUCUGUCUUUCUCUCUGUCUCUCUGUCUCUCUGUCUCUUAUCUGUCUCGCUCCUAUGGCGCUUCGAAGAGCUCUAGCGAAGCGACUCUUCGACUCUCCCAGACCAACCUCGGCGGCGGCGGCGGCGGCGGCGGCGGCUACGCCCUCACUCCAAGCCAUCCCUCCCCCUCCGACGGCCGCCACCGCCUCCUUCCACCGCGAGUACCUCACGUCGCCGGAGACCGCCAAGAAGGGCCUCUUCCGGCGCUUCCUCCAGCGGCGCGCGAUCAACCAGGCCGCCGGGCCGAGGCUGCCGGAGUUCCUCUCCCUCCCGGUCGGGGACAAGCUCCGCGAGAGGCUCCGGAGCCUCGACGGCCUCGGUGGCGGCGGGGAGCGCCUCCGCCUCGGCGGGCUCCCGCCGCCGGUUGAUGGGGGCCCGCUCGGCGGGGUGUCGGUGGGGGACGCGAGGAAGCUGCUGAGGCUGUCGCGGGCGGAGAUGAUCAAGGCGAAGCUGAGGGAGAUCGACGCGAGCUCGAUCUCGUACGAGGAGUUCCGGAGGAUCUGCGACCAGGCCUGCGGAGCUGGGCGCGAGGAAGAAGGUGCCGAGUUCGCGAAGGCGUUGGACGAGUCCGGAAACGUCAUCGUCCACGGCAAUGUCGUCAUCCUCAGGCCUGAGCAGGUGACCAAGUUAAUGGAGUCGCUGCUCUACCAGUCCGUGGCCAGGCCCAACGACCCGAGGAGGAGGGAGCUGGAGCAGAUGGAGAACCAAAAGGCCCUGAUCGACGAGAGGGCCCGGGCCCAGGUGAAGUGCGAGCUGUACGGCGGGCUGGGCUUCCUGGUGGCCCAGACGCUCGUGCUCAUGAGGCUCACGUUCUGGGAGCUGACCUGGGACGUGAUGGAGCCCAUCUGCUUCUUCCUCACCAACCUCCACGUCGCCCUCGCCUACGGCUUCUUCCUCCGCACCUCCACCGAGCCGUCCUUCGAAGGGUACUUCCAGCGCCGCUUCAAGACCAAGCAGCAGAAGCUCAUGAAGAUCCACAACUUUGAUGCCGACCGGUACCGCGAGCUCCGCCGGGCUUUUUACCCAGACGAGUCCCGUUCCUCGUGGGAAAGAGCAUGAGAGCCAGUUUUCUCGGCUCAAACGGAACUAACCAUUUGAGGCUAAGGUAAUAAGGUCGCCAUGAUUGUAAAAAGAAGAGAGAGUUGAGACAUGAAUACCUGUUUUUUUUUUUUUUUUUUUGGUCGUCGUGCAUAGGGAUCGGGCCAUUUUUCUUGGGGUUUACCUAAUUGAAGGUUUGAAGGGAACGUUACUGACGAUGACGACAAAUGUUACAUCAGUUGUCACAACUUUUCAAGUGCAGCUUGAGUAAUUCUUGUGGGAGAUUCGACUUCAAUUCAAUGCGGGUGAGAAACAAAUUGAUGGGGUCAUUUCAAUAGUAGAGAUGAAUCUGUACAUAAGAGACUGUCGGAACAGAUAUUGCAUGAGACGUUUUCGACCUA